GGGCCAGCGCAAUGUUCUCUCGACGCUGAGGGCUUACGCGGGGGAUUCGGACUCGGACAGUGACACGGAGACCGAUGAUUAACAUACAGACAACCCCCACAUUAUGAGGGAUUGCGUUCCUAGAAAACUGUCCACAUGGUGCUUUUCUGUGACAAGAGGCCACGUCAUCUGUGCAUGCAUCAAGAAAUACACGAAAGGAUUGGUGUCCGCUGGUUAUGGAGAUGAUGAUAUCAGCCGGGUAGAAGAGGUGGAUGAGCUGGAUGAAGAGGAUGAAAGCAGCAGUCCAUUGGAAGGUGAAGAUUCAGAAAAGGAGCUGCCGGAGUUGGAUGGUGUUAAGGAGUUCCUCGAUGUGGAAAAGAAGAAUCCUCAGGAACUAGUUGCUUCAUUUUCAGAAAAAGUGAGGAACAUGUCCCCUGAUGACAUCAAAAUCCCCCCCGAACCCAUGGGAAGAUGUUCCAAUCAUUUACAGGAGAAGAUUCUGAAGCUGUAUGACAGAAAGCUGAAUGAAGGGCUCGAUAUGAACAAUAUCAUUCAGAGGAAAAAAGAAUUCCGCAACCCCAGUAUUUAUGAAAAACUGAUCCAGUUCUGUGGCAUCGAUGAACUAGGCACAAAUUAUCCAAAGGACAUGUUUGACCCUCACGGAUGGUCGGAAGACUCGUACUACGAAGCCCUAGCCAAAGCACAGAAAAUAGAAAUGGACAAGAUCGAGAAAGCCAAGAAGGAGCGGACAAAGAUUGAAUUUGUAACUAGAACAAAAACAGGAACUAAUACCAGUUCUGGCACAGCUACUACGACCACAGCAAGCACAACGAUGGCAGAUUCUCAGAAACGGAAGAGUAAAUGGGACUCGGCGGUACCCGUGACAACGAUAGCCCAGCCAACAAUCAUCACAACCACUGCCACUCUACCAGGAGUUGUCACGGUGACCACCAGCGCCACCGGGGCCAAAACCACCGUCAUUUCCGCAGUGGGGACCAUCGUGAAGAAAGCCAAGCAGUGAGCUCAGGUUGGGAGCACUGCCUCCAGGGAAGCACUGGGCAGCCAUCGAACUCAAGCUCUUUCAGAGCGAGCCUCACAUCCUAGAACUUUCCUUCCUGUUUGCAACAACUGCUCCUCACUCUGUGCAAAUGUGUUACAAGCCCUCUAGGAGAACCCUUCAUUGCCCUAGCCAGAUAUCACUGUGUCCUGUGACCUCUCAACAGGACAUGUCCUGGGUGAGCACUGAAGAGUCUGAGUUAUUUGCAUAGUGAGAAAUACAACCUAUAACCUGGAUAACUGGGGAAAUGGGCUGGGGUGGAUGGGCUAAGGGGCUUGUUUAGGGGCUGUGGAAGGCCAGAUGGAUGGGGACAGAGAGGGGGUGAAGGUGGAACAGGGUAAGGCCAUAGAACAAGAGGCCAGGGAAUUAUGCUGGCAAGUAUGGAUAUUGAUUGAGAUCCUGUCUGCCUCACCGCAGUCUGUUGCCUGUGUGUUGUGCGUUAUAUGGGAAAACUUGCCCACAAUAGUCUAUGAUUAUUAUGAAGCACUGUAAACUGCUGGCCGUGUGUAAACACAAAUAAAAACUUUUUACUUUCUUG